AAGAGGCGUGUUGAGUCGCACGCGGAGUGUGGAGAGGAUGCGCUCGGAAAAGAAUGUCGGUUGCAUGUAGACGCGGGGGGAUUGGCCAGCCAGGAGAUCGUGUUCUCGGUCGCCUGGAGCGGACCAGCCGGAGGCUGUCAUGUAGUAACAGUGAUUGAAUCUCCACCUCCCCACCUCCCUCGGGACAUUGACAGACGUCGAAUGUAAUCCCUCCGAACGACGACGUCAGACUCUGUGCCAGACUGUGCCAGACUCGUUCUCGAUCGCGUCGGGGAUGCCUCAGCCGCGGUUUUCCACGAUUACGGACGCACUCUUCAUAUCCUUCGCACUGCCUCCAUGAAUCUCUCCACUUCUCAGGAGAGGAGACACGUCGUUUCGCGUCAGCGCUUUCUUCACCCGCGCGAGCCGGAAAAUUUUGAUCUACGAUAAAACCUUGUGCAUCGGGGAAGAAUCAUGUACUCCAUCAAUAGAAAACCUUUAUUGGGAAGCGUGACUGAUAGCGAAUUCGAGGAUGAUUUGGAAACUGAGGUGGAAGAUCCUAGUGUCACUAUUCCCGACGAGAAACCGUUUUUUAAGCCAUACGAACCACAUGACAAAUAUAAUCUUGCAUACAUUGUGUUUUACUUACUUGGGAUAAAUACAUUAAUUCCAUGGAGUUUUUUCAUUACUGCUGAUGAUUACUGGAUGUAUAAAUUUAGAGAAAUUCAUAAUAAUUCGACGAACCUUACUCAUACGUAUGCAGAACUGCUUGAACAAAAGACAGAUCUUCAAGCUAGUUUUACUUCUUAUUUAAACGUGGCUAGUGCAUUGCCAAGUACUCUGUUUUUAAUAAUAAAUACAUUUAUUAGUAAAAGAGUCUCUCUAACUGUAAGAAUGGUCGGUUCCCAAUGUACAAUAUUGCUGCUCUUUAUCCUGACGACUACAUUUGUCAAAAUGGAUACUGAUAAAUGGCAACAUAUAUUCCUAAUAAUCACUUUAACGACAGUUGCGCUUGUAAAUGCUGCGAGCGCAAUUUUUGGUGGGAGUUUAAUGGGUAUAGUGGGCAAGUUUUCGCCAAAAUAUAUAACCGCCAUGUCUGGUGGACAAGCCCUUGGUGGGAUAUUCACGGCCCUAGCGGAAAUUUGUUCUCUAUGGAUAGGUGCUAGCCCAAUACUUUCCGGCUUAGUAUACUUCAUUAUCGGUGACACAGUGCUGCUAUUAUCGUUGCUGGCAUACAUCCUUUUGGAGAGAGCACCGUUCUUCAAGCAUCACAUGAUAGAAAAAGUACCUAAUUCCUUGGAAUCUGAUUAUUCAAUCAAUAGAGAGGUCAGCUUCUCGGCACGUCCGAGUGUGUCCUACAAGCGGAUUAUAAAGAGAAUUUGGCAUUAUGGGAUUAGCAUAUUUCUAGUAUUUUUUAUAUCGUUAGCCAUCUAUCCAGCGGUCACCGUGCUAGUGGAGAGUGAACACAAAGGCAAAGGCAAUGCAUGGAACGAUAUAUACUUUGUACCUGUGGUUACAUACCUGAUCUUUAGUAUGGGCGAUUAUGCAGGGAGAGUAUUAUGUGGUAUCCUCCAAUGGCCAAAAAGCAAACCUUGGCUCGUAAUGUUCAUGAGCAUUACUAGAGGUAUUUUUAUACCUGUGUUUAUGUUUUGCAAUGCACAACCAAGGCAUCAUCUACCUGUUUAUAUUAAUAGUGAUAUAUAUUACAUCUUGAUAACCAUCGUGUUCGCCGUAACCAAUGGCUAUCUCUGUAAUUUAACGUUUAUUUUAGCGCCUACAGUUGUAGACAGUGAGGAAAAAGAAGUCGCAUCUGCAAUGAUGGGUGCCUUCUUGGGUAUAGGAGUAGCGUCUGGCGCCUCACUCAGUUUGUACAUGGUGAAGGCUCUUUAAUACUCAGAUCUUUAACUCAAGACGAAUGUAAAUAAGAUACAUGAUUUCACUGCCCUUUGUACAUUUGAAAUCAGAUAGGACCACGAGAGUAUUUUAAAUAUUACGAGCUUGAAGGUGUAAUGACAUUUGUCUUCUUGAUCGGUAUUUUGGUAAAAUAUUUUUUUGUUGCCGAUUUACAAGAAUUCUUUUUUCCACGGAGAAUUAUCGGCGCAUCUCUCUGCGAUGUUUUAUCGAAAUGGAUCUACAUUAUCAUUUUUAUAACUAAAUUUUAAAUAAUCUAUUUUACUACAAUUGCAUAAUGCAAUUUCAUAUUGGACUGUUUCAAGACAUAAUAAUUGACGAGAUGUGUCAAAUUAUUAGAGAUAAAUAAUGUUAAUGUUAUGCGUAAAAAAUUAUGCAUUUUUAGAGAUUUAUAUAUAAUUUAUGAUACAUUUAUUACAUAUAUAUCCUAAGAUAAAAUAUAUAUAAUUACAAUGUUACGUUCACAUAUGACAUCAAAGAGACAGAUAAAGAUAUUUGAGACUCUGAUAUCAUUGUAAAUUAUGUACAUUUAGUUUCAAUCAUAGCAUAUCUAUAAUUGAAAGAAAUAUAAAUAGUAAUUGAGACGAAAAAUAGAAGAUAUAUAAUAAAUAUUAGAUAUAACAAUAGCUUUGUUAAAAAUAAAUAUUUAAAUGACUUUAUGUUAAUAAAUAUAAAAUACUUAAUUAUAUUAUAUAUAGUCCUCUUCACAUUUAACCUGUGAAAUACAAUUUUAAAGGAACCUACAAUAAAAUUAUUAUAAAGCACAUAAUUAAUAUAUUAUAAUAUAUAUUAUAUAAUAUGAUAUAUAUUAUAAUAUUAAUAUAAAGAUAUAAUAAAGAUAUUAAAUAUGACUUAGAGAUAUGGUGUGAUACAAAUAUAACUUUUUGUAAAAUUUACAAAUAAAAUCUUUUAUUUUGUAUUUAUUUAAAUCAAGUGAGGCGCGUGGCUUUGUAGCUUCAAAAAUGAUUAUAAUCAACAGAUCUCAAUCGUCAUCCUACAUACAUAUAAUUUUCCUAAGCUGUAUCAGAGUCAGGAGGGGCGGUACUAGAUCUAAAGUAUUCACGAUGCUAGGAAUUUCGACGAAGAUCUCGGACCGAUUUCUAACAUCGUGAACAUAAAAUUUAAGAAACAAACUGUAUUAAAACUUAAAGAGGGCUAUA